AUGAGCACCAGCACGUCACCGAAGACUUCACUCGCUAAGCUAGUACUGUAUCCUAAACCAAAGACUUUUAAAAUUAUGGUCUUAGGACAAUCUGGCGUUGGGAAAUCAGCUCUUGUAGUCAGAUUCAUUACCAGAAGAUUCAUCGGAGAAUACGACCCCAAUUUAGAGAAGAUUUAUACAUUCCAAACUGUAAUUGAUAACGAAAUGGUAUAUUUUGAAAUACUCGAUUCCGCUGGAGAUUCACAUGAAAGUGAAUACGCGAAUCUCGAGAGCAACAUCCGAUGGGCAGAGGCGUUUAUUUUGAUGUAUUCAGUAACAGACAAAUGUUCCUUCGACGAAUGCCAUCGACUCAAAUUCCUCAUCAACUACAAUAAAAGAAGACGCCGUCUUGCUUCGACUAUGAAGGACAGCGUAAUAGAAACACCAGUGGUGUUGGUGGGUAACAAAGUCGACCAAGCCGGUGAUCGCAUGGUUACUACUGAGGAGGGCCAACGUCGAAGCAAGGAAAUUGGUUGCGUUUGUUUUCACGAGAUCUCCGUCAGAGAAAGUAUUGACCAGGCAAGUUUAUAUCAACAUUAG